UGGUUCGGUUUAAUUUCGGUUUGGUUGGUUCGGUUCGGUUCGGGUUUUUUGCCCAUCCCUAGGUAAAACAGAUACAACCUGAGUUAUUCGAAGGGAAACCUUGAAUGCAAGCGAGCAAGGCUUAAUAUACAGAGACACUAUAUAAAAGAGUGAUAUCAAAAAGACUGAGCAAGAAAAGAAAUGAAUUUGAGUAGUAGAGAAAAUGUGUUUUCUUUUCUUUCUGCGUGUAGACUAAUAAGAGGACAAAUAUAAAUGAUGGAGAAAGGUAGUUAUCUAGAGAUUGAUGGUAACGGUGAUAGUGGAGAUGUUGGGGAGAGAUGGAUGAGCAAGUGUUGUGAUCGUGUUUGCCUUUUAUUUUAUUUUUCUAUUUUGUUUUUGUUGUUUUAUAGAUAAUUUUUAAUUUUAUUUUAUAAAAGAAAAUAAUUACCACUUGUCAAAAUAUUAUUGGUAUAGUGACUUGUGCUUUAUUAUAUAGGGAUUAUUUCUCUGAAAUAAUCGGUUUCAAAUCAAUUAUAAUAAAAUAAAUAGCUAAAGACGUUAUAAAAAAAUAGCUAAAAUAACUAAUCAUUCACGUUAUUUUCCUUUAUUUAAAUUUAUUCGUCUAGACGAAUUUAGUAUGGACUUAUUCUGCAAAAGUCCAGACUAAAAUUGAAUUCCCUACAAAACACAGAUAUGAUUCAUAUAUGGGUGGAAAUCUACUAGAACUUUGCGGAUUAGAUCUCUCCCAGAAUGAAUUCAGCGGUGAGAUAGAUCCCAGUAGAGAUUGGAGGUCUUCUAGAAUUGCAUGCUCUCAAUCUCUCUCAUAACUAUUUAUCAGGGGUAAUACCAAGAAAAUUUUCAGGUCUAAAGAAUGUAGAAAGCCUUGAUCUUUCUUUCAACAGAUUACGAGCUGAGCAGCCUCGCGGUCUUUAAUCUCUCAUACAACAACUUAUCAGGAGUCAUUCCACAUGGAAAACAGUUUAAUACUUUUGAUACAAAAAGCUACUUAGGUAGUCCUUUUCUCUGCUGACAGCCAACCAACAAAAUCUGCAACAUUAAUAACGUUCAAGAACCAGAUAACGAAGUGGAACCUGAUGAAUACACAAUCGACAUGGUAUCCUUCUACUGGGGUUUAACUGCAGCUUAUGUGACAAUACUUAUUGGAGUACUUGCAUCUCUCUCUUUUGAUUCUCCUUGGAGCAGAGCCUGGUUCAACAUCGUUGAUGCUUUCGUGCUAGGAUUCAGGGCUUCUUUUUUUUUUUUUUUUUUUUUUUUUGCUGUAGGACAAACGGAAGCGUUUGCGUUUUGGUGGUAACAUGACGUGGCAGAUAAAUUCACAUCAACAUUACCACAUAAUCUUUUUUUGUUUUUUUUUUGUUUUUGGUAAAGAUUUACUAUUUUCGUUGUCAUAAUUUAGAUAAGCCUGUGGACCUGUGGUGAUGGUAAAGGUUAGCUGUUUGGUUACUUAUUUGCUACUAAGCCUUUUCCUAUAAUGAUAAAUGGUCUUUGAUUAAAAGUUGAAGAUGCUGACAACGCCCUACAUUUCAAAGGAUUGUGAGUAAUUUUCUACAAAGAUCUCAAACAACUCAAAGUAAACGAUGUUGAUUCGUCAAGCCCCACGACUAUAAUAAAAUGAGACUUGGACUUUGUAAAAUAUAUAAUUGUUUCUUUUUGAUUGUGGUUGUGGUUGUUUAUACGGAAAACUUGAAUACCAACUUAAACUAGAAGCCUGGGAUUAUGGCAGAUGCUGAUUCUAAAUCACUUAGCUUGGUCUCUUUCUUACUCUUUAUUUUGGUCACCGCCACAGCAGUGACCGGAGAUUCUCUGAACAGUGAUAGCCAAGUCUUAUUGGGCUUUAAAUCUCACCUUGAAUCUUUGAACCCAACAGAACGAGGAAAGUACAAUGAAUGGGAAACAGAGAAGCAAGAUGUGUGUCAAUGGCCUGGGAUCACAUGUAACCCUGAGGGAAGUAGAGUCACAGGGAUCAAUCUAAGGGAUUCCACCAUCUCAGGUCCUUUAUUCGGCAACUUCUCUGCUUUAACGCAGCUCACAUUUCUCGAUUUAUCGAGCAACACGAUCGAAGGGUCGAUUCCAGAUGACCUUAGCCGUUGCCUCAACUUAAAGCAUCUGAAUCUUUCUCAUAACAUCAUUGGAGGAGAGCUUAGCUUAUCCGGGCUAUUGAAUCUUGAGGUUCUUGAUCUGUCAGUGAAUAGAAUUACUGGUAAUGUUCACUCUAGCUUCCCAUUGUUAUGCAACAGCUUGGUUGUUGCAAAUAUAUCGACCAAUAACUUUAGUGGCAGAAUAGAUGACAUCUUCACUGAGUGUAUGUAUCUGAAGUAUGUCGACUUCAGAUACAAUAGAUUCAGUGGAGAGAUAUGGGGUGGUUUUAGAAGGCUGGUCAAGUUUUCAGUCUCUGGGAACCGUCUCUCCGGGAAGAUCACAGCUACAAUGUUCAGAGGGAACUGCAGUUUGCAAGUGUUGGAUCUGUCUGCCAACGGUUUUUUCGGGGAGUUUCCAGGCCAAGUUUCGAAUUGCCGUAACCUGAAUAUAUUGGACCUGUGGGGAAACAACUUCAGAGGAAACAUUCCAGGUGAGAUAGGAUCCAUAUCAUCUCUCAGAGGUUUGUACUUUGGGAAGAAUGAGUUUUCUCGAGACAUACCGGAAACUCUCCUGAACUUGAGAAACUUGGUGUUUCUUGACUUGAGCAGAAACAACUUUGGAGGAGAGCUACAAGAAAUAUUCGGGAGGUUCACUCGAGUAGAGUAUCUAGUUCUGCAUGGGAACUCAUACGUUGGAGGUAUCUAUUCUUCUAACAUCCUCACGUUACCUAAUCUUUCUCGGCUAGAUCUUAGCUACAACAACUUCUCAGGCAGGUUGCCUGCUGAAGUCUCCCGGAGUUUGAUGUUCUUGGUUCUUGCUUAUAAUAACUUCAGCGGCGAUAUACCGAGCGAGUAUGGGAACCUCCAAGGGCUUCAAGCACUUGAUCUCUCGUUCAACAGCCUGACCGGUUCAAUACCAGCUUCUUUGGGAAAGUUGACGUCUCUCUUGUGGCUCAUGCUUGCAAACAACUCUCUGUCAGGAGAGAUCCCUCCCGAGAUUGGAAACUGCACGAGUCUGUUGUGGUUUAACGUGGCGAACAACCAGCUCUCUGGUGGAUUCCAUCCUGAGCUGACUAAAAUGGGUAGCAAUCCUUUUCCGACGUUUGAAGUGAACAGGCGGAACAUGGACAACACGAUCUCUGCUUCCGGUGAAUGCUUGGUGAUGAGGAGAUGGAUUCCCGCGGAGUUCCCUCCUUUCAAGUUUGUGUACGCAACUUUUACAAACAAGAGUUGCAGAACCUUGUGGAACCAUGUUCUCAAAGGGAAAUGCAUAUUUACUGUGUGCACUGCUGGUUCUGUUGUGGGGCCCCUUGAUAUUUCAGGGUAUCUUCAGCUCAGUGGGAACAAGCUGUCCGGUGAGGUUCCUGCUAAUAUAUCUCAGAUGAAGAAGUUGAGUAUGAUUCAUUUGGGGUUCAAUGAGUUCGAAGGGAAACUGCCUGUAGAGAUUGGACUGUUAUUGCCUUUGGCGUUUCUUAACCUGACAAGAAACAAGUUCUCAGGCCAGAUUCCUCGAGAAAUCGGAAAUUUAAGAAGUCUGCAGAAUCUUGAUCUGUCUUACAACAACUUCUCAGGGAACUUUCCAACGAGUUUGAAUGAGUUGAGUGAGAUGAGUAAGUUCAACAUCUCGUAUAACCCUCUCGUUACCGGUGUGAUACCAUCGACGGGACAACUUGCAACCUUCGAAAUAGACUCAUUCCUUGGGAAUCCUCUAAUGCAGUUUCCUAGUUUCUUCAACAAAUCAGGGAACAACAAUUCGAGCUUAGUAGAACGUGGUAAUAGAAGAGAAGAAGAAGAAGAAGAAGAUGAUGAUGAUGGAGCUGCUAUUGACAUGUUGGCCUUCUAUUGGAGUACUGUUUCAUUUUAUGUCGUUGCGUUGAUAGGCAUUCUUGUACUCAUCUACUUUGAUUAUCCUUGGUGUCGAGCAUGGCUCUCUGCCUUGUAGAUGAUCUCAUGGCAUCUUUUUGAAAAGUAAGCUGUCUUAAAAUCGUUUCAGCUCUGUGUUUCUGUAAGUACAUGCUUUUGGAUUCAACAUAGAACUUGAAGAUCUUUUUGUUUAGUUAAGGUUUAAAAAGCUGCUACCCUUUUGCCAAGAGAAGGUUGAGAAUCGUCUAUGUUUCAUUUAACCUAGUGGCUUGUUUGAACGUUCUUAAAAGCAAAGAUGGGACGAAUCUUAGUUCACAAUUCAGAUUCUGCAUUCAUUUGCUGUUAUAUUUGUGCCCUGCUGCAAUUACAUAAGAUGGCCACCACACUCCCUUCCAACGUGAAUGGCCUUUAUCUCUAACUGCUGUGUGUGUGUGUUCAAACUGGUUGUUCCGAAGAUGUUUCUGUCCACAACAUGAAUGAUUCAGCAGAGAGACAGAACUUGCCUGAUCAUCGGCGUUACAGACAAGAAACAGUUAACUGUCUUUUUUUUUACAUUUCAUAGAAAUAUCGUGUAUUUACAAAAACGUAUAGUUAUUAGUGUAAAU